GUGCGUACAUACGAUCGCGGUAAAAAUGACGGGCGUAAUAAAGUGCAAUUCGUGUAACAUAGUCAUCGAUGAACUGUUGGCUUAUGUGCAAAAUAAAGUGUCGUUAGUGGACGAAAUAACGCUUGUGCGGAUUUGUAAGUCUGCGUUCUCCAGUGAUGAGAUCAAAAACUCGAAGUCAUUACUUUUUGACUCGAUUCCGACGGAGGCACGCAAGAUUAAUCGAAAAAGCAAAGGCAAGGAAGAAAGGGACCUGCUAGACAUUUUUAAUGUCUUUAAGUCAACGGAGCCGGACGUAAUUCCAGUAUUUGUGGCGAGACAACUCGAGCGGCUGCCACCGAUACUAUUUAAUAGUCUGGAUUGUACUAAGCUCUUGAAAGACAUGCUCAAAUUACAAAAUGAUUUAGCAGAGGUUAAAGAGACGUACGCGACUUUGGACCAGCUGAAGGGGUUGAAACUCGAGCUCCUAGCGAAUAAAUGUGAUACGUUUCCAUCGACUCCUAUUUGCAACGUAAAUAUGAAGAGAGGGGCCGCCUGUGCCUGGGCUCUGGAUACUAUGGAUAGUGGAUCUGUGGGCAUUCUGCAGUGCAACUCAACGCUUAAGGAUAGCGAUCAUGACCGGGAACAAGCAUCAAUUAACGACAAUCCUAAUAAAAAUAUUUGGGAGGUAAGCGCACAAAAAACGGCGCACGGGUCAGCGGUUCAACAACGGUCAUCGGGUGAGAAGAGUGGCAACGACGCGACAAAGUUGAGCGGCGGCGUUGCCAGGCCGAAACCAGCUGUGCCGGAGCGUCAGCUGAUUGACGAUACCGUAAACAAUAGCGAUGGAUUAGCAAAACGCGUAAUGCAGGAGCCAUCAUCUAUUCAAUUGUUAGAUGACGAUAAUGAGGGGAAAUGGGAGAAGGUGGAGAGCCGUAAAAAACAACGAAAAUAUCGUUUUCAUGGCAAGUAUGGCGUCGCGCGGGACCUGCAAUGUAAUUUCAAAGCGGCAGAAAGGAAAGUUCCUGUCCUCAUUACAAACGUGCAUAGCGAAACCACGGAAAAUGACAUCAUUCAAUACAUUUAUGGUCAGACGAGAGAUACAGUGUCGUUAAAAGAAAUAAAUAUACAAAAACGGCGGGACUAUAAGGCAUAUAAAAUGUACGUAUCUAAAAAUAAACUACACAUGUAUUUGAAUGAGAAUUUAUGGCCUGAAGACAUCAUAUUCAGACGUUUUGUAAAUUAUACGAACGGAGGCAACUCUGUGACCGGCCUAGAAAUCAAGAGAAAUGAGUAAGGUUUGUACUUUUGCCAGCUUUAACUGUAAGUCAAUAAAGCGCUCCAUAGAUGGUGUUAGGGAGUUAUGUCGUACAUGUGACGUAAUAGCCUUACAAGAAAUAUGGCUUCUGAAAGAGGAUUUAUGUUACCUAAGCACUGUAGAUAGUGAGUUUGGGUUUACGGGGACCUCGGCCGUAGACACGUCAGUGGAAAUACUACGCGGUAGACCGUAUGGCGGAGUCGCGCUACUGUGGAGGCAUAGUGUUUUUUCUGAGGUGUCAGUGAUAAAAUGUGAUAACAAUCGAGUGUGUGCAAUCAAGGUCGCCGUUAAAGAUCGUUAUAUAGUUGUUAUGAGUGUAUACAUGCCUACGAAUUCGCCUGUGAAUCUACCUGAGUUCACGGACUGCCUGGGUACGGUGAGUGCAAUCAUAGAUGAAUAUGGCAUAGAAUCCGUUUAUAUUCUAGGUGAUUUUAAUGCUAACCCUGGGGAAUUAUUUUACAUGGAGCUAAUGGAGUUUUGUAGGGAACAGGACUGGUCAUGCAUCGACACAGAGAAGUUAGGUUUGAACUCCCUUACUUAUACCUUUAUUAGCGAAGUGUACGGAACCCCUAGUUGGCUCGAUCACGGUAUUCUUACCCGGGCGGCCGUGCAUUCAGUGCGCGAUGUGCGUGUCAAAUAUGACUCAUUCUGGUCUGAUCACUUCCCUCUUAUCAUUGAAUGCGAUUUAGAGUUAUUAACGCCUAAACUGCUUAGCACAAUAACCGCGAACAAAAAACUAGUUUGGGGAGAAAGAACGGAACAACAAGUUGAGCUUUAUAAGAGGGAGGCCCAUUCAAGACUGGGGCGUAUAGACUUCGACCAUAAUUUCACAAACUGUGCAGAUAGAUAUUGUAAUAGCGUGGCUCAUAGGCGUAUUCUGGACAACCUGUACAGUAGUAUUGUAAAUGCAUUAAGUGGGGCAGCAAUGUGUGGUAAGGGUAGUAAAACGAGGGGAGCAAGGGGUAAACGUGUAAUGGGGUGGA